AUGUCGCUCGAAAUUCAGCUGGAGUCUCCCAACGGGAAGUGGACCCAGCCCAUCGGAUUGUACAUCAACGGCGAGUUUGUAAAGGGCAAGGACGACAAGACUUUCGAGACCGUCAACCCAGCGACCGAGAAGACGAUUUGUUCGGUCUACGAGGCCUCUGUGGACGAUGUUGACAGCGCCGUCGCAGCCGCACGAGCAGCAUUCCAUGGCACUUGGUCGAAGAUCUCGCCAAGCACCCGUGGGCAGAUGCUCAUGAAGUUGGCCGAUCUUAUGGAUGUCCACAGUGAUACCCUUGCCGCAAUCGAGACCCUCGAUAAUGGCAAGGCUAUCUCUAUGGCCAAAAUUGACGUUCAGCUGAGCUCAGGCUGCAUUCGCUAUUAUGCUGGGUACGCCGAUAAGAUUCACGGGAAGGUUAUGGACACGAAUGCCGACACAUUCACCUACACACGACACGAAGCUGUCGGUGUGUGCGGUCAAAUCAUUCCCUGGAACUUCCCUCUUCUCAUGUGGUCAUGGAAGAUUGGUCCCGCUAUAGCUUGCGGCAACACUGUCGUCCUAAAGACAGCUGAACUGACGCCUCUCUCGGGGCUCUAUGCGGCCAGACUCUGCCAAGAAGCUGGCUUCCCACCCGGAGUGAUCAAUGUCAUCUCUGGCUUUGGCAAAAUUGCUGGAGCGGCUAUUGCCUCUCACAUGGAUGUCGACAAGGUCGCGUUCACUGGGUCCACGGUCGUUGGUCGUCAGAUCCUCAAAGCCGCGGCGUCUUCGAACCUGAAAAGGGUCACGUUAGAGCUCGGUGGCAAAUCACCAAAUAUCGUGUUCAAUGAUGCCGAUAUUGACAACGCCAUCUCUUGGGUCAAUUUCGGCAUCUUCUAUAACCAUGGACAGUGUUGCUGUGCUGGUUCGAGAAUAUACGUCCAGGAAGGAAUAUACGAUGAGUUCGUCACAAGGUUCAGGGAGAGGACACUCAAGAAUGCCGUUGGCGACCCCCAUGAUCCAAACACCUUCCAAGGCCCCAUGAUUUCCAGAGGUCAAUUUGACCGUGUCAUGGGCUAUAUCGAGGCCGGUAAGAAAGCCGGCGCGAAGAUUGAAACAGGCGGUGGACGGCAUGGAGAUACUGGAUACUUCAUUCAGCCCACAGUCUUCAGCAACGUCUGCGACGACAUGAAGAUCAUGCAAGAGGAGAUCUUUGGUCCCGUUUGUUCCAUCGCCAAGUUCAAAACCGAGGAUGAAGCAAUCAAGAUCGGUAAUAGUACCACUUACGGCCUUGCGGCCGCGGUUCACACCAAGAAUCUUAACACGGCGAUCAAAGUGUCUAACGGUUUGAAUGCUGGGACCGUCUGGGUCAACCAGUACAACAUGAUCUUCUCGCAAGCCCCGUUCGGUGGAUACAAGGAGAGCGGCAUCGGACGGGAACUGGGGAAAUAUUGUCUCGCUAACUAUACCAACGUCAAGACCGUCAAUAUUCGUACCGGUGAUGCGCUCUUUGAUUGA